CCCACUCCCCCCAAGCAGCCGGCUCUAUGACAGCGUGUGGAGUAAAUGGCUCACAGUGUCCGCGGCGGAAAGAGACCUAAACAUUGCUCCGGGAACCAGUAAACACACACAACAAGAGCGCGGCGCGUAAAAGCUCCCCGCUCCGCUGGCUGCGCGCGCGCACGGGCAACUGUGUCAGUUGUCCGAGAAGCCAAGAAGACUCCGCUGUUUUAUUCGUUUCACUCCUCGCUUGGUUAUGCGUGUGUGAACAACGCGGAUAUCUUAAUCGGACAUGUGAUUCACGGGAGUUAACAAGACGAGCAGCCCCCUCUUUCUCAAAGAUGAAGUUCCCCGCGUGCGUCCUCGUCACUUUGGUGAUGAUUGGAUCGAGUGCAGCGCAGUCAGUUUGCCCUGGGACUGAGAACAAGCUGAGCACUCUGUCGGACCUGGACCAGCAGUACCGCACCUUAAAGAAGCUCUACGAGAAUUGUGAAGUUGUCAUGGGUAAUCUGGAGAUUACCAAUAUCGAUCGGAAUCGCAACCUUUCCUUCCUGAAGUCUAUCCGAGAAGUGACCGGCUAUGUGCUGGUGGCGCUAAACCAGUUUGACUACCUGCCGCUGGAGAACCUGCGAAUCAUCCGAGGCACCAAGCUGUACGAAGGCCGCUACGGCUUGGCCAUAUUCCUCAACUACAGACGGGAGGGUUACUACGGCAUGAGGCAACUGGGCCUUCGCAACCUCACAGAGAUACUGAACGGUGGUGUGUACGUGGACCAGAACAAAUUCCUGUGCCAUGCGGACACCAUCCAUUGGCAAGACAUUAUCAAGAACCCCCAGGCUGAGCUCCUGGUGGUGCCGUCCAACAACAGCAACCUGGGAUGCAGACGCUGCUAUCGCUCAUGUAACGGACGCUGUUGGGGCCAUCAGGAAGACCAGUGUCAGACCCUGACUAAGACAGUGUGUGCAGAGCAGUGUGACGGUCGAUGCUUCGGGCCUUACGUCAGUGAUUGCUGCCAUCGCGAGUGUGCUGGCGGUUGCUCAGGUCCCAAGGACACAGACUGCUUCGCCUGCACCAAUUUCAAUGACAGCGGUGCAUGUGUGACUCAGUGCCCUCAGCCAUUUGUCUACAACCCCACGUCUUUUCAGUUGGAACACAACCCCAGAGCAAAGUACACAUAUGGAGCCUUUUGUGUCAAGAAAUGUCCACAUAACUUUGUGGUCGACCACAGCUCCUGUGUUAGAGCCUGUCCCAGCAACAAGAUGGAAGUGGAGGAGAACCGCAUCAAAAUGUGCAUCCCCUGUACUGACAUCUGCCCCAAAGUGUGUGAUGGCAUAGGGACAGGCACCUUGCAGACAGCUCAAACUGUGGACGCCAGCAAUAUUAAUAAAUUUGUGAACUGCACCAAAAUCAACGGCAACCUCAUCUUCCUCAUAACCGGCAUUAAAGGGGACAUGUAUCACAGUAUUGGACCUUUGGAUCCUGAGGCUCUCAACGUGUUUCGCACAGUGAAAGAGAUCACAGGGUAUCUCAACAUCCAGUCCUGGCCUGAGAACAUGACAGAUCUAGGUGUUUUUUCCAAUCUGGCAACAAUCGGAGGGCGAGUGCUUUACAGUGGUAUUUCUCUGCUGAUCCUGAAGCAGCGCUGGAUCUCCUCCCUCCAGUUUCAGUCGUUGAAUGAGAUAAGCGCUGGCAAUGUUUACAUCUUCAAUAACAGCCGCCUGUGCUUCUACAACACUGUCAACUGGACAUCACUCUUCAGGACACAAAAUCAGAAAGUUCUCAUCCGCAACAACCAGGAGCCAAAGGAAUGCACUCAGCAAAGAAUGAUUUGUGACCGAAUGUGUUCAGACGAUGGAUGCUGGGGUCCGGGGCCCAACCAGUGUCUCUCAUGCAGAUAUUUCAGACGUGGCCGCACCUGCGUCGAGUCCUGCAACCUCUUUGAAGGGGAAGUUCGUGAAUUUGCCAAUGGGUCUGUGUGUCUGGAGUGUGACAGUCAGUGUGAGAAGAUGGAUGGGAACACUAUGACAUGUCUUGGACAGGGCGCGGACCAGUGUGUAAAGUGCUUCCACUUCAAAGAUGGACCCAACUGCGUGGAGAAGUGCCCCGAUGGGCUGCAGGGAGCCAACAGUUUCAUCUUCAAAUAUGCCAAGGCCAACAACGAGUGUCAUCCCUGCCAUGCCAACUGCACCCAGGGGUGCAUUGGGCCACGACUCCAAGAUUGUGUUGGGAUGAUGGACAGGACGCCCCUAAUAGCAGCUGGCAUCAUCGGCGGGCUAUUUAUCAUCGUCAUCCUGGCGCUCAGCGUGGCCGUGUAUGUUCGCCGUAAGAGCAUCAAGAAGAAGAGGGCCCUGAGGAGAUUCAUAGAGACAGAGCUGGUGGAGCCCCUGACUCCGAGUGGAACGGCUCCUAACCAGGCUCAGCUUCGGAUCCUGAAAGAGACGGAGCUGAAGCGAGUCAAGAUUCUGGGUUCAGGAGCUUUCGGAACAGUCUACAAGGGCAUCUGGGUCCCCGAGGGUGAGACGGUGAAGAUUCCGGUGGCUAUCAAAAUCCUCAAUGAGGCCACGGGUCCCAAAGCCAACGUGGAGUUCAUGGACGAGGCCCUGAUCAUGGCCAGCAUGGAGCACCCCCACCUGGUGCGUCUGCUGGGCGUCUGCUUGAGUCCCACCAUCCAGCUGGUCACACAGCUCAUGCCCCACGGCUGCCUGCUCGACUAUGUGCACGAGCACAAGGACAACAUUGGCUCGCAGCUGCUGCUCAACUGGUGUGUCCAAAUCGCCAAGGGAAUGAUGUACCUAGAGGAGAGAAGACUGGUCCACCGGGACCUGGCAGCACGCAACGUCCUGGUGAAGUCGUCCAAUCACAUCAAGAUUACGGACUUUGGCCUGGCGCGGCUGCUGGAUGCAGACGAGAAGGAGUACAACGCAGAUGGGGGCAAGAUGCCCAUUAAAUGGAUGGCUCUGGAAUGCAUUCACUACAGGAAAUUCACUCAUCAGAGUGACGUGUGGAGUUAUGGAGUGACCAUCUGGGAGCUGAUGACAUUCGGAGGCAAACCUUAUGACGGAAUCCCCACAAGAGAAAUCCCAGACAUCCUGGAGAAAGGAGAGCGCCUGCCACAGCCUCCUAUCUGCACCAUAGACGUGUACAUGGUCAUGGUGAAAUGCUGGAUGAUUGAUGCAGACAGCAGGCCCAAGUUCAAGGAGCUGGCUGCAGAGUUCUGCAGAAUGGCCCGUGACCCCCAGCGAUACUUGGUCAUCCAGGGUGACGACCGCAUGAAGCUUCCCAGCCCCAAUGACAGCAAGUUCUUCCAGAGCCUUCUGGAUGAAGAGGACCUCGAUGACUUGAUGGACGCUGAUGAGUACCUGGUGCCUCGAGGCUUCAGCGCGGCUCCUCCGUCAUAUACAACCAGGUCUCGAGUCGACUCUAACAGAAACCAGUUUGGCUACCGAGACGGUGUUCCAAACCCUGCAGAAGGCUUGAUAGCAGGGGCCCAGGCCAGUGUGAACCCAGAGGCAACAGGCGGCCCGUGUCUAUCCCAGGAGGACCAGCGUUGCAACGGGAGCCUGCAUAAAAAGAGCACGAGCCAGACUGGAGGGGAGGACAGCGGGGGCCAGAGGUACAGCGCUGAUCCCACUAUCUUUCUUGGGGAGAGAACCUCCAGAGGGGACACCGAUGAGGAUGGAUACAUGACUCCCAUGAAAGACAAAAGCUCCUCAGAGUACCUGAAUCCCAUCGAGGAGAACCCUUUUGUAUCACGACGUAAAAAUGGCGAGAUCCACGCUUUGGAUAACCCAGGAUACCACAGCACACCUAACAGCCAGCCGAAAGGGGAGGAUGAGUACAUCAAUGAGCCACUGUACCUCAAUACCUUCCACAGCCCGGCUGAUCUGGGACUGGAGGUCCUGAGGAGAAAUGGUCUGCCCCUUCCCACCCAGCCUCCUUCUUCCAUCUCAGCCACGACAGCAGGGUCCCACCUCCCGCUUACCAUCCAAACCAGCCUUCCGCACUACCCCCUCCCUACAGCCCAGCCUUCUCCAUCUGCUCUACCUUGCCUACAUGGCCCACCAACCCACCUUCUGCAUGCCCAUCACACUGUCAAACCUGCAGGACAACCUGGCAAUACAGGUGGCAGCUCCGCCACUCAGAGCCAAACAGGAACUACUGCCCAAGUCCAGGUGUGCCAGUCAGGUGCCCUGUCCACUUCAGCCACCAUCGGGCAUGGCAGCUUGCCGGCCUACCAGGGCCACGGCACCAUGCACCCCGCUAGCAUGCUGAAGCAUGGAGGACAGACAUCGGGUAAAGCCAGUGGAAAAAAGCUGAAGGUCACCUUUGACAAUCCAGAAUACUGGCAGCACAGCUUGCCACCUAAAUCAUCUAACCAGGUAGCCCUUGAUGGUGCCCAGGGUGGUUCCACCAACACCAAGCUCUUCUACAAACAGAAUGGACACAUACGUCCAGCGAUAGCUGAAAACCCUGAGUACAUGUCUGAAUUUUCUCUAAAAUCCGGCACUGUCUUGCCACCUCCACCCUACAGGCAGAGGAACACUGUGGUUUAGAUUGCUAAUGAAAGUUUCUCAAUGUAACACUCCAACAAACCCAACAUCCUCUCCGGUUCCACUGUCCCACACAAAGGGAAGCAGCCACAAUCAGAGCCGCCCAAACUGUUUCAAGUAACGUGCCAUCUGCUGUAGACUGUAGCAAGACUAUAAAGGAGCGGACUGAACGUUACAAGCGGGCUCAACUCAGAAUAACGCACCUUCAGCCCAGUCCAUUUCUGUUCUGUAGAUAGAGACUGUGCUCCAAAUCAUAAAUAUUAUAAAGUUUGGGGUUGUAUUGAGCAAACAACAGGCACAUGACGGUCACAUCCGUAGCAAUGGAGACAGUGAAUUGUGUUGUCCCAGAGAGGUGGUCAAACUGGAUGGACCGAUCUCACUGCCAGCCUCUGCCGAGUUCAACUCAAGGUGGGGGAAAUUUGACCACCUUUUGUUUUACAGUCCACAGAGAGGAAACACAACCUACUAUAUGUUGGAAGUUAUGGUUUUGUGAAAGACUCUGACGUUUGAGGCAAAACAGCGAAACAUGGAGGGAAAAAGACUAAAAGUUGAAUUAGUAGACUGACUUCCAGUAAUGUAAAGGAAAGACAAUUUGUUGGCCUAUAUGAGUAAACUGUCAAUCAAAUAAGAAAAUCAUCUCAUCAUGUCGUUUUACGGUAACUGUGAUACUGUGAUGGCCAAAACUACUAUGAUCCCGCCUUCAACAUUUGUAGAUCAACCACGGACUGUUGGACUUUCUCAAAGACACACAGAGCGAUUGCUGUUUUCCUUCUACAACAACUCAUCAUUAACAUUUUCAAGGGCAUAAAUGAAAACAACACUGUAAACAUUUUAUAAACACUGGUUUCAGUUGUGUAAAGAUGCAUUUUUAAACACACGUUUUACCAUUUACCAUAAAGCUAACUUACAGUAGUAUGUGUUACGCCAUGAAGCUAGAUGGCUAAAUCAGGAAAUUGCUGUAUGUGCUGAGAUGAUGUGAUUACACCAUCUGUAAAGCAACUGAACUUAAAAUGGUGGUUGAAAAAGAGGCAGAGAGAGGAUGAGGCAAUAAGAAAGCGGCGGAAGCAGAGUUCAUGCAAAUUUUCUAAUGAAGACGAGCAAGGAAGCACCAGCAGGGCACUGAAAAAUCCAACAACUUUAUAUGUGUGUGUGUUCAUAGUAGGAUGGUUAGUAUGAGUGUUUCUUCACACUUUGGGGAGCCAGUCUGGCUCUAAACAGACAGAACUAUGAAUAAAAGGCAGCCAUUAGCUAAGAGUCGCGAGCGCUGAUGCUAUUGCUAAUGGCCUGACCUUAUACAAGGCUUCCACCAAACCGCUGGCCAGUAGAAAACACUAGACUUGGUUAAACUGUUGUUGAGCGCCUCAUAAUUUACUGGCCAUAGUUAAAGUCGGCAACUUAAGGACCUAUUGAUGGACUGAGUCUUUUUAUUAAGUGACCUCAACCAUUGCAUCCGAUGUGACCAGGCCUUGUUUUGUGCUGCGAUGGUAGCAGGACCCUGUUCCCAUUGUUCUCAUAAAAUAUGUUCUAGUUCUAGGCUCAGUUUCUGUUUUUCAGCUGUAGCACUUAAAGUCAAAGAAAGGUCAUGGUUUUGGUGUCAAUCAUCAGAGUCUGGGGUGACGUGAAGCACAACAAACAGUCCCUAUUUUUAUUUACACAUGGCUGUAACUUGAUGAAAAAGCAAGAUGCUAUAAUCCAUCAAGACAUAGUAUGAGUUUUACACUGAAGAGCAGCGGUUAAGCACUUAUUGCCCCUUAGAGAAUAGUCCGAACUGACACUGGGACUCUGCAGACAAACUGGAAACUGCCAGUCGAUGCUGCUUAAAUCGCUGGUGCUCACCCGUCAUCAGCAGCACAGUAGCAUUUAAUUCAGACCUUUCCUGCAGAUCUAAGCAUUCAAAUGCAUUGCUCCGGUGCACUUUCAAUGCUCUGUAUCCUUGUGGACCCCACGGAGCACUUUGAUCAGACUCGAGGGUGCAAAGAAAGGCCUUCUAUCCUUUUUCUCAUUAAACAUUCAUAAAAUAGUGUUUAAGUUUGUGUUAACCAGUCCAGGAAGCAGAAGUUAAAUGAAGGUGCCGCAAUCAGGAGUUCAGCAACAAAACACAUUUUAGGUGGUACUGACAAGCUUUGAGAAUGUCCUUGUUUCCAUGUUUUUGUUUGCUUCAAACAGUAUUUCUAAUGCUCCUUUGAUGAUAUCAUGACUAUUUGAUGAAGGAGUAUUUUGUAGUCCCUGUUGGAGCUCUAAUUCUGUGAAAUUGAGACAGCAUUUAAUAUCAGCGUGAAAUAUUUAUAGUGUUUGAGCUUGUUUAUACGAAGCAAUGGAAGCAACUGCCAAAUCUGGGUUUCAAGGAAGGAUGGUGGUGGUAAAAAAUAAAUAAAUAAAUAAAUAAAUUCAAACUUUUUUUGAGGUGAAUGGCGUCACAGCACAGCGAGUCUCCUCACAAGUUCACAAGUUUGUCCGGGAAGGUUGGACAAACAUAGGCACUCACAAGGACUCGUCAAAUUAAUCCAAGGCCUUUUUUUUGUACCGCAAUUAUUUUCUAUUCUGAGGAAGCAAUCAUUUCCUCACCACUGACUAAUAUCUCGUUAUUCUCCCGUCAAACAUAUUUUGCCUUGAUGUUGGGCUUUCUUACCUGCUGCUAUUCGUCUCACCCCCCCCAAAACAAUCUUGCGCCAUGGAAACAGGUGUUAAAAACCGCUUUUUAACAACACCUUUUUUUAUUUAGACUCUCUACUGUACUCUCCAAGCCAAGGUGCAGAGGCAUGUAGCCAUAUUGUACUUGUUCCUCAGCCACCAUCUAGCAGCGAUGAAGUCUAAUGUAUAUCACCCUGCACGGUUCCCAAAGUGAGUGUUACUGCCCUCGAUCUUUGUGUCUGUCCAUUGGUGAUGACAUACAGGAUUUCUGUCCCGGCUUCGGACAGCAUGGAAGGGAAUAAUCCCAUAUCUUUACUGGAUUCAGUAGCACAAGGAAUAUUUGUUUGCUUUCUUUUCGCGUGUAUAUUAACCUAUAUAGUCUUUUUUUAAUAUUAGGGUUGGUUGUAUGUUUUCCAUCAUAUCCAGGAAAAAGAUGUGAAUCUUUAUGGUUUUCCUCCACUGCAGUGUUUGGUUUUAGUUGUUUGCAUCCUAAUUGCACAAAUCAUUGCUUAUUAGUGGGCGUCAUUCAUUUGUCCAUGUUCAAAUGAUCAGAUCAUUAUAAACUGUACAGAAUCUCUGGGGUUUCCUCUGAAAUUUAUCUAACACACCACAACAAAUGUGAAUAGUAUUUUUAUAAAGCACUGAUAUGGGUGACGUGGUGAAUUUGUAAAUAGGAAGUCGAUGCUUUGAAUUUAUAUAUGGUCUUCUCCUACUGCUGUUUUCUCCUGCUUAUAAGACGUUGUACAAAAGAAGCCGUACAUAUUUGCUUUGUGUAACUGUACCUUUUGACCUAAUGGGAGUUUUGAUUUUAAAAGUGCUCGUCGAUCCUUUGUCCAGUGGCCCUUCUGCUGGGCUUUGUGGCUGUCUUCAUGUAACGUUUGAGUUCAUGCUGUAAAGGUGACAAUGGUGGGAGCCCGUUCGAUUCGCCCAGUGUCUCUGUUUUGUAUCUCCCCUCCCUGCUCUAUUUAACCUGUCACUGUAUUCAGCACCCGUGGACUAUGACUAAAGCUCUCCUCCUUCCAGUUUUCGUAAAACUGAAACCAGUGCUGCCAACUACCUACUGUAGAUGAACUGGGAGUUACCCUCUCCGCCACUUUCUAAUGAUGUUACUACUGAGCCAAGUCGUCCCCUUCUUUCUUGAAAAAGAGAGCACAGCAGUCCCGCGACAGCCCUUUUCCAUUUGGCUUCUGAUUAGUUUUGCAUGCAUUUAGGAGACAUAGCUCCAAGAGUAAGGUGUCAUCAGUUACCCCUCCCCCCUUGAAACCAGUCUCCCAUACUUUUCCCCAGGUCACAGCUGACUGACGUCUUUAAAACCAUACCCAAAGCUUUAUAUCAUAGAAAUGCCGUUCCUCAUGUUUGUUACAUGAAUCUGUCAAAAGUAUAUUUUUAAUUUAAUAUAAAUAAAGAUUGAUUCAGUAUA